GGGACCCUGGGUCUGGCUCCUUUUCGAACCCAUGUAUCUGGCUGGACUGGGACAGCCACCAGAGGUCUGAGUAUCCGUGGAGCCCAGGAAAUUGAGUCUCCAGAUGCCCAGCUGAUGAGGCUGGAUAACAUGCUGCUGGCAGAAGGGGUGGCUGGUCCAGAGAAGGGGGGUGGAGCAGCAGUGGCUGCAGCCGCAGCAGCUGCAGCAGGCGGUGUAACUGAUAACUCCAUCGAACACUCCGACUACAGGGCCAAGCUGACACAGAUCAGACAGAUAUAUCACACAGAGCUAGAGAAAUAUGAACAGGCCUGCAAUGAGUUCACCACCCAUGUAAUGAACCUGCUGAGAGAGCAGUCACGGACGCGACCCAUCUCACCAAAAGAGAUCGAGCGCAUGGUGAGCAUCAUUCACAGCAAGUUCAGCUCCAUCCAAAUGCAGCUCAAGCAGAGCACUUGUGAGGCUGUCAUGAUCCUGCGCUCCAGGUUCCUGGAUGCCAGACGGAAAAGGCGGAACUUCAGCAAGCAGGCCACAGAAAUCCUGAAUGAAUAUUUUUAUUCACACCUGAGCAACCCAUACCCCAGUGAGGAGGCCAAAGAGGAGCUGGCUAAAAAGUGCAGUAUCACUGUUUCCCAGGGCGUGGGAAGCACCAUCACAGUGUCACAGGUUUCUAACUGGUUUGGGAACAAGAGGAUCCGGUAUAAGAAGAACAUUGGCAAGUUCCAGGAGGAGGCCAAUCUGUAUGCAGCAAAGACAGCAGUGACAGCAGCCCAGGCAGCAGCAGCUGCUGUCCACAACAGUCAAGAUAACUCUCCUACCACACCAAACUCAGGCUUCCAAAUGAAAGACGAGGAUUUCCAGCUAGAUGCUGCUGACAGCAAAAACUCCCUGUUAACCAGCAUGUUCUCUGGUUCUCCUGGUUCUUUUAACCUCUCAAACUCAGGGGACAUGUUCAUGAGCAUGCAGAGUGUUAAUGGGGCCUCUUACCUGGGGGCUCAGGUUGGAGCCAAUGUGCAGUCCCAGGUGGAUACCAGACACCAUGCUAUCAGUCAGACAGGAUUCAGUGAUGGCCUCCGACAUCCCCUGUACAAUUCGCAUGGCCUCAAUGUUAAUGGGAGCUGGCAUGACGCCUCCAGACCUCCUUCAGUGACCUCCCCUAACGAGGGGCCAGCCAGUGCACACUCAAAUACAGAUACCUCAAACUGACCUCUCCAACCUCAGCACAGUGUUACCAUGGAACUGUCAUCCUUUAACUCCCACAACUCAACCACACAUAUCCAGUGGAACCAGUCGACGCUGGGCAUUUUAGUACUGGUGUUCUCUGGAUGGAUCAGAGGAUGUUUUUGAAAGUACACUGACUCAAUAGACUACAAAAACAAAUUUCAUUUCCAUUUUGAAUGAAGGACUGAGGUGAGGAGUGAGUUUCGAUCCAAAGGAAGUUAUGUAAAGCCUCUCACUUUUCUCACCCCAUGCAUUGACUUGCACUUUGUCCACAACACCACACACAGCACAUAGUAUGUACUGAGAUGGCACAGCAAUACAGAGUGCAUUACUCUACACUAAAUAAAUAUUUUAGCAGGAUAUUUGUUUCAUGGUGAACAAUUUGACAUGAUGACAUCAGAUGGCAGGUUUUUCUUCAAAUUUCUUCAAAUUAAUUUUACACAAUAUUAAUAUAAAAAUGUGCACAUUCAGCACUGUGCAUUGUAAAAACCAUUGAGGAGAUUUGUGUCUGGCAAAAGCUAGACCUAAGGGAACAGUUAGACAUUUGUCUGACAGCUGUUUGCUAUAAGAAGGCAGAUAGAUAAAUAAGACAAUUAAGACAGAAGUGAACUCAGUCUGCUCAUUUAAAUCUGGGAAGACAGCAAAUAGCAGCAAAAAGUUUUUCUUCCAAAAUAUUGGAUUGUUCUUUUAAAAAAUGCUGAGCUACAAUUGCAAAAAAAAUCAAAUAACAAUUUUCGUAAAUAGAAAAACUAAAUCCCUGCCCACACCCACCCUAUCAAACUUCUUCACUUACUCUAAACACUAGCAUACUACCUCUUCUCCACUUUUACACUAGACUUAAGUCUUGUGAUAUUCUGUAUUUUUCUUAAUACUUUGAACAAAUCCCAUGUGUAGAUCCAACUGCAUUAAUUAAUGAAUUAAUGAAUUUGAAAACAUCUUACAGUCUUCUGCCUGUAUGAGAAUAACAAAAUGAGGGGGUGGUGGAAUGCUCCACUGCGUUGUUAUUAACGUCAUGUCUCUGGCAGUGGAGAGCAGCGUCUCUGCUGCACUGUUAGCUCCGGAGAAAAACAUCACUGCCCAAGACGGUGCACAGGUGCAGGGUCUCUGAGGUGAAACAGACUGAGCAUGAGUUAUUUUCUUCACCUCAGUUGGUUUAAGUUGUUUAAUGCUACAGUGUGUGUUUGGUCAGCUGGUCUCGUUUCUUACUGCUGGAGUUCGCUGCUCCACUCUGCUAACGUUAGUGUAGAAAGUUCGCAAUAUACUUCACGUUCAUCUUGCAAAGGUAAUUAUUUAGUCAUUAAUUGCAAAAGAUGCUUGCAACAGCUGCAUUGUUUGAAGAUGAACUACUAAAAAACUCUUUUAUGUUUCAUCAAUAUCACUCAACGGAAUUUUCAACAAAGGCGGUGGCCAGUAAUACAAAGGUGGCCUGCCUUUGAGUUACAUAGGCAGUUAAAACCCUGUUCAUUAUCAUGAACACACACACACACACACACACACACUCUAGUUUAUUUUGACUCAAUUCCAUACACACUAUCCUGCUGCCAAAAAUACUCAGAUUCAUCCACCACUGGAAAUAGUCCCCAACAAAUGCACUAUUUAAAAAAUAUAUCUAUAUAUUUCUUGAGCUGUUGUUAAAGAUUUACAUCUUUGGUAGAAACCAAUGGGCUCUCCACACACAGGGUAGCAAAAUCAUACAGUAUUGAGAGACAAACUGAUGUUAGUUUGAGUCUUUUCAUGGGAUUUGUUGAUAAUAAAAAAAAAUAGAAUAACAACAGCAUUAUAUUAAAACUCCACUAAGCUGAUGUCUUGCAAAAGUUCAGUUUGGCAAAAAUGGUUGCAUUAUCGCAAUGUGACAAAAAGCCUAAUAUUGAUGUUUAAAUGACAUGGGCUUACUGGUAAAUUUAGCCACAUCAGCAAACUUAAAGGAUUAUUCUAGUUUAUUACAGUGUAGGCUUAUUUUUCCAGUUUUGCCCAUCAUUCUUAUCAUUAACAAUAACUUUGUACUCAACAAGUUCCUUGCUAAGAUCGUUCACAGAUCUCAGCAAUUAUUUUGGGACAUUACUAAUUAACUUGAAUGAUCCUUUAAGGCCAAUACAGGAUAUGCCUGUGUUCAUCUGCAGAGUUAAACACAUCAGUCAAAUGAAUGCAUAUAAAUUCCAAGGAAGGAUCUCAAAAGGCAAACUAAAUGUAAAUAUCUCUCAUUUUAAUCAUUAAAUUCAGUCUUUGACAGGUUUUUACUCCAGAGAAAGUGGCUGGCUUUUAUUUAAAUUCAUGUUUUGUUUCUGUAGUUUAAUAUCAGUAGUGAAGAGUCAAACUGUUGUAAAUACUGAGGAACAUUUUGAAUGUUGCUGAGUUUUUGUACCUCUUUAAUAUAUGAACUAAACCCCAAAGUUUCGCUAUCCACACAUAUAUUCGGUUUCUGUUUGUCUCCUUCUGUCUGUUUGUCGUCUUUUUUUCCUUCCAGUUCAUUUUUUUUAAUGUAAAUCAUUUUGAGGUAAAUAAUUGUGGCUGUAUUCAAGUAAAUAUGUUUUGUCUUAAUUGUUUAACCUGUUAUGUGGUUAAUAACCAAACAGAGUCCUCUGUGUUAGUCAGUAUGUAUUUUCAAACAUAAAAUAAACUUUUGCUUAAAG